UGAGAAGGAGAAGCGAUACAAAGCGUUACAGGUCAAAAGAAGAAGAUCGAGGUUCAAGACCAACUCCUUGUUGAAGACCGAGACCAAAUGUCCACAACAACGAGGGACGGCUGAGAGGCUCCAGAGGGAGGCGGAUCGAGUGUCUUUUAGUUAUUCCUCCCUCGCUGCGCCAUUGGCCUCGUGAUCCCUUGACACAUGGUGCAGGAGGGCUUAGAAGGACCCACAGGAGUGUUGAAUAAGUGAGGACGCGGCCGUUGUCCAGAUGUGAGGCAUCCUCCUGUACUUUAUUAUUGUGCGUUUGGCCCUGACCCUUCACGGCAGCAAUGUCCCUCCCUCGUGUCCUGAGUCCAACUUCCCAAGGGAGUGGAUUGAAGCGGCCAGCGGAACCCGAGGCUGCUACCAGUGAGGAGAAGCGCUGCCAUCUGGAUGCUGCGCCGACCCCUGAAGGCACAGAGGUUGUCAGGAGGAAGAGGAGAAAAUAUGCACUGCUCCUCUCGUACUGUGGCAAGGGGUACCUAGGGAUGCAGAGGAACCCCGGCUACCGCACCAUUGAGGACGACCUGCUGACGGCCAUGCUGCACGCCGACCUCAUGACGGAGGAGGGCUGCACCUGCCCCCAGAUGUUCCACUUCCAGCGCGCCGCCCGCACCGACAAGGGCGUGUCCGCGGCCCGACAGGUGGUGUCUGUCAAGCUUCCUGAGGAUGUGCCGGUGCCGGAGAUGGUGGAGAAGAUCAACCGUCACCUCAGCAACCAAAUCCGCGUGAUGGCCAUCCGCCGCGCCACCAAGGGCUUCAACUGCAAGUCCUGGUGUGACUCCCGGACCUACUCCUACAUGUGUCCAACCUACGCCUUUGCCACAACCAAGGAGUCCACCACCGACGAUUACCGCAUCACUCCGGAGGUUUUGGAGAAGCUGAGAAGCGUCCUGAAGCUCUACUUGGGGACGCAUAACUUUCACAACUUCACAGCACGAAAGAAGGCCCAGGACGCAAGUGCCUAUCGCUACAUCAUGGAGAUCGACUGUGGGGAGCCCUUUGAGAGGAACGGCCUGCAGUGGGUGCUAAUAAAGAUAAAAGGCCAGAGCUUCAUGCUGCACCAGAUCCGCAAGAUGGUGGGGCUGGCCAUGGCCAUCACGCGGGGGCUGGUUGGCGCGGAGGUCGUCUCGCGGGCGUGGAGGGAGCCGCGCCUGGACGUUCCCAUCGCCCCGGGCCUUGGCUUAGUGCUUGAGGAGCCGCACUAUGACAAGUACAACAAGAGAUACGGGGACGAUGGGAUUCAUGAGCCCUUGACAUGGGAGGACGAGAGACAGAAGAUUGAGGAGUUCCGGGAGAAGUUCAUUGACUCGACCAUCAUUGAGACGGAGAUCAGGGACAAUCCGAUACUGCACUGGCUCUCGACGCUCUCCCUGCACCACUUCAGCUCCUCCGAGAACACUUUGCCGCCCAAAGCAACGCCAGGCCCUCCCAGAAAAGGCAAGGGGAGUGAUAACGAAGCCGAGGAUGAGGACGAGGGUGACCUGGACCAGUACAGAGUGUCAUCCCCGGAGAAGAAGAAGGAGACGCCGGCGGUGGUUCCUGGUGCUGAGACUUGCCGGGAGAUGACCAACGGACACAGCGAAAGUACCGGUGAAGCGAUUGCCAAGGAAACUAUAAGCGCCAGAACUGAUAGCGAUGAGAAGGUGGGAGAAGCGUCUAGUGCGGCCGAGGUGAAGUGUCCGAACAGUUAAUUUUUCUUCCGUUUAUGAUGGUAGAAUUUUUUAUUUCGAUUUACUUUUUAGAUUGUUUUUUUAGUGUUUUUAGCUAGAGGAGAUAUAUUUACAUGUGGGGUGUGUUUGCCUGUUCUGCCAUGCCUCUCCACUUCGUAACUGUAUCAGGAAUGAGAAAUGAAAAAUAGAUGAUAAGAAGAGAGAAUAUAGCAAGCAAAGAUGAGGUAUGAAGAUUUAUUAGUGCAGAAAUAAUAGAUUGAGAAGAAUGAGAUUAAAAAGAUAAGAAAGAAGAAUGAAAUAAUUGAAAUGAAGUAUGAAAAUUGGUGCAAAAAUAAAAGAUGUGUCAAUUAAAAAGAAUAACAACAAGAAAGAAGAAAAAGGGAAUAUGUAAACUGAGAUAAAAUAUGAAGAUUAAUUAGUGUGAAAAUGAAGAAUGUCUCACUUGAAAAGAAUAAGAAUGAGAAAUAAGAAAAAAAAGAGAAUGAGAAGACAGAUGAGGUUGGAAAAUUAAUGAGUGGAAAAUAUAGACUAUCAAUUUAAAACCAUAAGGAAAAGAAAUAAGAAAAAAAGAAAAUGAGAAUACAGAUGAGAUAGGAAAAUUAAUGAGUGGAAAAAUAUAGACUAUCAAUUUAAAAGCAUAAGGAUAAGAAAAAAAAGAAUAAGAGAAAUAAGAAAAAAGAAAAUGUGAAAACAGAUGAGGCAGGAAAAUUAAUGAGUGGAAAAAUAAAGUGUAUCAAUUAAAAAGCAUAAGGGUAAGAAAAAAAAAAAAAAAAAAAAAAGUGUGAAAACUGAUGAGGCAGGAAAAUUAAUGAGUGGAAAAAUAAAGAGUGUAUCAAUUAAAAAGAAUAAGGAUAAGCAGAAAAAAAAAUAAGAAAGCUAAGACGGGUCGUGGAAAUUAAAUGGCAUACAAAAAAAAAUAUCUCCGUUGAAAAGGAUAAUAAUGAAAAAUAAAGAGGAAAUUUGGUAAUUAAACUGAGAUAGGUUUUGAAGAUUAAUUAGUGUGAGAAAAAAAUGUAUCCGUUUAUAUUUUGACACGAGUUCUUUCCAUACUUCAACCCAUUUUUUAUUUAUUUAUUUAUUUUUUUAUUUUUUUUAAUGAAUGCUAAGUGAGACGCAUGGAAAAUGGGAAACACAACCCAUUUUUUUUUUUUUUUUUUUUUUUUAAUGAAUGCUAAGUGGGAUGCAUGGAAAAUGGGAAACACAACCCAUUUUCAUUUUAUUUAUUUAUUUAAUUUUUUAUUUUAUUUUUUAUUUUUUUUGAAUGCUAAGUGAGACGCAUGGAAAAUGGGAAACACACUCCACAUGGUUGACUUUUAUUGUUUGUUUGUUCAAUUUUCCAUUCAUAAACAGUACAAAUACCUGUUGUACUCUAGGUAGUCGGUAGCUAGUUAGACCAGUAGCAAUUUUUAACCGGGACAUUUUUAUUUUUAUUUGUUGUUUUAGGUGUGCCGAUAAUUUAUAGCAAGAAGGUUCGCUUAGGAAUAAUUUAAUCGGUGGACAAUUUUCAACCCUCGUUUGUACUUCCAAGAGUGUUUGUAUGUUUGUAGAGGUGUUAUGCUUGGCAAGAUUGUGCGUCAGGGAACAGGCUUAAGGUCAGUAUUAUAAGAGACUUUCGCUUCUCACAUCAAGUAUUUCUAAAGGUCAAAGAAGGGAUUAAUCAGGUUCAAAUGAGUGUUUCUUAAGGUUCAUGCUACUUAGGAAAGGUCAAACUACCACCAGGGUCAUAAAACUACUCCUGGAAAUGCCCACAACUCAUACGGAAGCCUUGUCAAAUAUGUGAACUUGGGAGAUGAAAUGUUUUAUAAUACAAUCCAGAGAGAGAGAGAGAGAGAGAACUUAUUGUCCCCCUAAAUUUUAACUGGGGAAAACUUAAAUUAUAGACCCCUCAAAACUGCCAGUGAGUUGACUUAAAAACUUCAGAUACAAAAAAGCAAAGAUGAAUUUUCCGAAUGUAUAUAAGGAAGAUUGGUGAUGAGAGAGAAAAACUUUAAUUAUUGUCCCCAAAAAUUUUAACUGGGAAAAACUUAAAUUAUAGAUCCCUCAAAACUGCCAUUGAGUUGACUUAAAAACUUCGGACAGAAAAACGCAAAGAUGAAUUUUCCGAAUGUAUAUAAGGAAGAUUGGUGAUGAGAGAGAGUGAGUGAGUUUUUACAUAGUCUCCCCUUUGAAAUAGAAGAAACCGUUCGCCCGUUGCCAGAUAUUUUGAUAUGUACGAUAAGCAAUGUAGGUUAACACUAGCGCUAGGACUCUUGUUGACGGCAUUGUUUUGUUAUGAGAAUAUAUUUGCAAUAGGAAAUGAAACUGUUCUGCCAAAACUCG